AUGACGAAAAGACUCGAACAGGCCAGUUCUCGACUUGGCUCAGCCCUGGAUGAAUACCUCGAUGCAUGUAUCUCAGUUCAUCUGCCCUUGGAUAGAGGCAACAAGGCUCAGAACUUUCGCCGCUCUGUUGAAAGCGAGUGGUACCGCACGGUGACUCAUCGGGAAAAAAUAGAAAGAGCUCAAGAGGCUGUUGGCACGGCUAUGAAAUAUACGGUCAACCGGGGGGUCACAGCCAUCAAGGAUCUUCCUCCCGAAAUUAUUACUCAUAUUCCAGCUAGUUGUCGCCGAUAUCACUCACCCAUCUCCCUACGGCGCGUCGAUUACUCCGAUAUUUCUCAACGAACUGGAACAGUUAACUGUGAUACAGCUUUGGCCGAUGACCCUAACAAUAAGCUACAAGACCCCAGUAAUUUUGUGCGAUGGAUAGCCCCAGGACAAAAACCGUUCAAAUUAACGUUCGGUAGUACUUUGGAGGAAUUUCCACGAUUUUGUGCUCGGUCAAGUAUUACCCAACUACAUAUCGAAACAUGGGUUGAUAACAUACUGUGCGAGAUAAUUCGUCAAUGUCCUGCGCUCAAGAUUCUGAUUCUCAGCGCGUUUGAUUUUGGAGACCCCGAAUUACACCUAAUAUUGCCUCCUGUUGAUGCGGCCUCUGGCGAUAGCCAACGCUCGACAUCAACAACUCACAUCGAUCAUUUAUACCUGCUCGAUUUUGAAGAGCUGAAAUUCGACGAUAUUCUCGCGACUAUCCAGCAGUACUCGGUUCAAAGCCUUACAAUAUGGAAGGGCGGGCUCACGUAUCGCACAGAUGAAGGGAUGAAGACAAGCAAACAUGCUCGGGAGAUCAGGGCCAAGCUUUCCGUGAUACCUUCAAAUCAAUGCAUUGUCGAAUAUUUUCCGGGGAGCACACCUUGCCCUCUUUUUGGCGACUUUAAUUGGACAGCGACGUUUUCUCGCAAAAUUAUUCGACCCAACCACUCUGGCUUUGAAGAACGCCUCGUUUCGGAUCGAUUUGACCCCGAAUCUAACGGUGCCCGCCCCGUGCUACUUCAAAAUGCGACAAUUUGGACCGGUUUGAAAGGGGCUGACGGACGCGUUCAAGUGACCAAGGGAGAUUUAUUACUGGCCAAUGGGCUUAUUCAGGCAAUCUUCGAAGGUGAAAUGAGUACAAUCGAUCUCAUUAAACGAGGUUUUAAGAAUGAGGGAAUCGAGUUAAAGAAUGUUCAGGGGGCGUGGAUCACUCCGGCUAUAUUCGAUCUCCACUCUCAUGUGGGAGACUCGUCUAUACCAUCCUUCAAGGGCACAGGCGACGAUAAUUCGUUAAAAGCUCCGGUCCAACCUUUCCUUCGCUCUAUCGAUGGUGUUAACACCCACGACGAGGCGUUCAAAUUGUUUCGUGCUGGGGGCGUCGCGACUUCAGGGUUAUUCGCCCCCCAUAACCGGAGCGAGGAGGAUAAUGCACCAAGGUGGAGACAUAUUAAGCAUGCGUGUGGAGAGAAUCCCUCAGGAGUAUACUUCCAGACACGAAUGGACAGCAUCUGGAAUUUUCGACAAGUCUACAACCACUGGGAGGUGGGUGACAUACGUGGAGAGGAUUUCCCUGAGGAUCUAGAAUACGAGUCUUUGGUGGAUGCUUUGAGGGGACGUGCGAAGGUCCACGUUCAUUGUUAUGAGGCUGUCGAUUUGGACGGGAUUGUGCGGUUAUCCAACGAAUUUAAACUUCCCAUCGCUGCAUUUCAUCACGCACACGAAGCAUAUCUUGUUCCAGACUUGAUCAAACAAGCAUACGGAAAACCACCCGCACUUGCUAUUUUCUCGAGUUUUGCUCGGUAUAAACGAGAGGCCUACCGCGGGUCACCUUAUGCUCCCAAAAUUCUUAAUGAAAAUGGUUUGCGUGUGGCCAUGAAGUCCGAUGGACCUCCAGCUAUCAAUGCCCGGUAUCUCUUUUACGAAGCUGCUCAGGCUCACUACUACGGACUCCCGGAAGACGAAGCAAUCGCCUCCCUGACAUCUACUCCCGCCCAGAUUGCAGGAUAUUCUCAUCGCCUCGGAUACAUCAAACAAGGAUACGAUGCUGAUAUCGUUAUAUGGGACUCACAUCCUCUUUCUCUUGGCGCAACACCCCAGCAGGUUUACAUUGACGGGUCUCCACAACUUGAUGAACCUUUGUUUUGUCCAAACCCGACUGGGCUCAAACAUCUCCACACACUCCAUCAAGGACUGCCAGAACUUCUCGGCUCACAAAAUCCCGACACGAUCAUUUUCAAGAAUGUUGGCUCAUUUAUGCGAGACAAGCCCCAAGUACUUCGUCGAGGCGACAUCAUUAUCGCUUCUCGUGGGCGUGUUGCAAAAGUCGUUGAUUUGCAAGGCGGAUCAAUCAUUCCAGGCCUGAUAUCCUCGGGUGCAUCCAUCGGUUUGGUCGAAAUAGACCAAGAACCCUCGACAAACGAUGGGAAUGUACCUGACCCCCUGGAAAGGGAUGUUCCUACCAUUGUUGGCAGCGAUAAAUUCUUGGUCAGAGGAGUCGAUGGACUAUCAUUAUCGCACCGGGGUGGCGUGACAACUAUCAUUGAGGCGCCCUUUUCGCCUGGGCUUAUUCAAGGCGUGAGCGUUGCCUUCCGCUCCGGAGCCAAACAUAAGCUGCAGCCAGGAGCAAUAUCGCGUCGUGAAGUUGCUUUGCAUGUUCUGUUCGGCUCCACAAAAAUAGCCACCCUAAGGAGGCUGCUACUUGAUGCGGAGGAAGGGAGUGUAUAUGCAAGGGUUGUCAAGGGAGAGCUACCGCUUGGAGAUCGAGGAUACAUCUGGAUCCGUAAUACACUUGGUGUUCUCUGGGCAACCGAAGCUCAUAUCAUCGCGGACAAAAUAGCUGAAGCGAAUGUGGGCAUUAUUCUGGCACCGUUGAGAUCUAUACCUUAUAUCUGGGACCAAGUCGAUAUAUCCCCGGGCCUCCCCUUUCACGGCACACCACUCCAAAUCCUUCAAGAAGCAGGUGUGACAGUUGGAUUAGGUAGCCCAUCUAUCAUAGUCACGCAAGCGUGGGACGUACCCCAAACAAGGUUUUCUCGGAUGGGCCAUCGCAGAUUCCAACGGUACCCUAAGCAUCUCUGGAGCUUUGGCUCUCUCUACCACAAAUUUGAAAAAGUUGUAACUCUGCUGCUCGAUUACAUUGCAUCCUGGUACUUACUUUGUAUUCCCAGGCUUUAUAGAUUGCCGGAUCUAGAUACCGACCUUGUUGCAUACCGCGGUGGAGAUGCGCUUAGUUAUUCCAGCAAAACGGUUGCGGUCAUGUCCACUGAACGAGAGCAAAACGAUUUGUUUGAGUGA